UCCAACACUUCAGCACUGCAGAGCUAAGAGGAGUGUGCAGCCUGGAGCGUGCUGAUGACGUAGCACUCGGCAGCAGGAUAAGAGCGUGCGUGCAGCAGAUACAUGGCCUCCUCCAGCGACAGCGCGCGGAACUGCACCAUGUAGAGGAACAACACUGUGCUACUGUUUUGAAAUUAAUCACUCCAGCAGUUUAUAGAAGCUUGUCAAUGCGAGAAGGAAAGUGAAAUCUGAAAUUGGUGGAAGGCACUUUUAAAGAUGUUAAUAUUAAGGUUGCUGUCAAUGCUGAUGCUCUUUACAUGCAUACAUUCCACAGAAAAGGAGGAUAUUCGAGCGGGUUGCAGUACAGCUGCGAAUGAUCUUGUGUACAUCAUUGAUGGGUCCUGGAGUGUGGGCUACAAGGACUUUGAUACUGCCAAGCGCUGGCUUGUCAACAUCACCAGUGGCUUUGAUGUAGGCCCCCAUUACUCCCAGGUGGCUGUAGUGCAGUUCAGUGACACUCCUCGGCUAGAGAUUCCGCUUGGCGCUCAUCAAACUGUCCAAGAGCUCAUUGAAGCUAUCCAGGCCAUCCGUUACAUGGGAGGAAACACACAGACAGGGCGUGCCAUCAAGUUUGCAGUUGAUCACGUGUUUGCUUCAUCAAAGCGCAGUGAUACCAGUAGGAAUCGCAUUGCCAUAGUGGUGACUGAUGGGAAAUCUCAGGAUGAUGUGGUGGAUGCUAGUAUAGAGGCUCGAGCACAGGGAAUCACUGUAUUUGCAGUGGGAGUGGGCUCAGAGAUCACCACCUCAGAGCUGAUUGCCAUCGCUAACACACCAUCCAGCUACUACGUGCUGUAUGCACAGGACUACACCACCAUCGAUCGCAUACGAGACUCCAUGGAACAAAAGCUUUGUGAAGAAUCUGUUUGUCCCACACGUAUCCCUGUGGCCUCUCGAGAUGAGAAGGGCUUUGAGCUGAUACUCGGGAUGAAAAUCCAUCAGAAAGCCAAGAAGAUACAGGGCUCUUUGCUGUCAGAAACAGCCUACUUCCUGGAUAAAGGGGUGGACAUUACUGAGGAGACAAAGGAGAUCUUUCCAGAGGGUCUUCCACCAUCCUAUGUGUUUGUGGCAACUCUGCAGCUUAAAGGCAUUGCAAGCAGGGAAAAGUUUGACCUGUGGAGGGUACUUUCUAAAGAUCAAGAAGUCCAAGUGGCUGUGACGCUACACGGAGAGGAGAAUUCUGUCAUCUUUACCACCACCAACAUGGCAAGUGGGGUACAGGUGGUCACUUUUGAUGCGCAAGGCCUUCAGAGACUCUUUGAUCGACGCUGGCACCAGCUGAAGAUUCUUGUCAAGCCAACACGUGUUGUCUGUUUUGUGGAUGACCAGCUGAUCCAGGAACUGGAUUUGGAGACAGUUGUGCCCAUUUUCAUCAAUGGGAAAACUCAGUUAGCCAAACACUACAAUGCCGAUGCUACGAUUCCUUUGGGAAUCCAAAAACUAAGGCUGUAUUGUGAUCCAAUGCAAAGUGAACGAGAAACUGCAUGUGAGAUUUAUUCUGUGGUAAGUGAUAUUUACAGUAAUAAUUUGGUCACACAUUUGGAUUUUCUUUUACUACAAUUGCUCUGCAGUUUUCCCUUCUCCCCUCAGUGUCCCACAAACCGAGAAGUGCCUGAAGAAAAGGAGGAGUGUGACUGCAGUCAGGGGAACCCUGGACCACCUGGGUCAAAGGGUGAAAAAGGAGAAAAUGGACUUCCUGGUCAUGAUGGUAAGCCUGGGAUCAAAGGUGAGCGAGGAAUGUCUGGACAGCCAGGUAAAUCAGGGCAAAAGGGUGAAGCUGGUUUACGUGGAACCAUAGGUGACUCAGGAGUAAAGGGCUCCAAAGGUGAGAGGGGACAGCAAGGGCUGCCUGGAAAACAAGGACCACCAGGUCCCAAGCAACCUCAGGGUGACAAAGGUGAACAAGGGCCCCCUGGUGAGCCUGGGCCAAAGGGGGAACCGGGCCUCCCUGGCAGUGAAGGACCAGCCGGAACAAUUGGACCUAAGGGUGAUAAGGGAGAUGAUGGACAGCCUGGCACAGAUGGAACACAAGGUGUACCAAUUCUCUACAUCACGUCGGGUUGUUCUUUGCCGUCAUGUCGCACAUUAAAAUCGUUUAAUGCACACCUAGCUGUGGAUGGUAUUCGUGGACUUCCUGGGGAGGCAGGGCCAAGUGGACCUCAGGGGGCUAGAGGAUCACCUGGACAGAAAGGGUCUGCUGGACCUAAAGGACCUCCAGGUAUCCAGGGGCCACCCGGGUCCUCUGGAGCAGACGGACAAAUUGGCCCUAAGGGAAGUCCAGGACAACAGGGAUCACCUGGUCGUCCGGGUGUGCCAGGCGAAAAGGGCUCACAAGGAGAACCGGGUUUUCUAGGUUUACAAGGUGCUGUUGGUCUUCCUGGCUUUAAAGGACAUAAGGGGGAUAUGGGAGAACCUGGUCCAAUGGGCGCUCAGGGUGAAAGAGGAAGUGAUGGAACACCUGGUGUGCCUGGUCCACCGGGUGAAGCUGGACUCAGGGGAGGCAAAGGAGAGAGAGGUACUCCAGGAGAUCCUGGGGAUAGAGGGCCUGAUGGGAAAAAAGGAGACCUAGGACACAUAGGAGUAGUUGGACCACGUGGUUUUCCAGGACAGGACGGGUCACCAGGGCAUCCCGGUCUUCCAGGAUAUCCUGGCAAACCUGGGAAAUCUCCUUCUGAGGAACACUUAAAAAAGCUCUGUGGAGAUGCAUUAAGACAGGAGCUCUCCCAGCUGAUACAGACAAUGAUUCCUCGGAGCUGUGAACCCUGUGAGACGGUGAAAGGGCCGCCGGGUCCACCUGGAGCUCAGGGUCCUAAAGGUUCCACUGGACCACAGGGCUAUCCAGGCAGGCCAGGCUCUCAGGGUUACCCAGGCUCAGCUGGCUUCCAGGGGCCCCCAGGGGUCAAAGGGGACAUGGGACCAAGGGGCUUUAAGGGCAACAAAGGGGAAGGCAGGCUGGGACAACCUGGACCCCCUGGAGAAAGAGGGAUCCAGGGUCUGCAUGGCACUGAUGGAAUUGGAUUACCUGGUCCUCCGGGAACACCGGGCAAAUCUGGCUCACCAGGUCUUCCAGGCAAGCGAGGUGCCCCAGGGCCAGCUGGAGUAUGUGACAUGUCCAUCUGCUACGCGGCCUACAACCUCAGGGAAGAGCACUACAGCAAAGGCCCGAACUUCUGACACACACACACACACACACACACACACACACACACACACACAGACAGACUAUAUAUAAGAAGCAUCUCAACGAGCUGCACAUGAUCAGUCCUUUACUCAUUGGCAUUCAGGAGAACAAUUAUAAAGGGUUGAAACCAAUUCUAGAUGAAUGGCCUUAUACAUGCAGUAAUACUGUAAAGACAAUGGCAUGCUGAGAAAUUCAGAGCAGAGCAUAUUCAGUGGCCUUUUUUUUAUAUGGAGAGUGUUAAUUGUAUGUAUCGCAUUUGGAGACACCAUUUUUUGGUCACCCACCUAUCAAGCUUGAAUGCAACAUAAGAUGACUUGAUUGACCCACUUGAAGUGCUUUGAAGACAAGGUAAGAUCAUCACUGUGCUUAAAGGGUACUUAAAUUGUAGGGCAGUUCAGUAAAAUUACUACACUUUGACUUGUUAAAAGACAAAUAUUUGGACUCUGGUACGCACUGCCAAGAAGAAGCUACCUCCAAGUGAACAUGCAUUAUAAAGAGAUAUGCAUUAUACUAAGAGUAUUUAAUCGUUUUAUAAAAUAAUGAUGUGUAUUCAAAUGCAGCUUGUUUAAAUGUCUUCAAAUGUCUUCAUUAUUCAUUUAAGUAGUAUAAAAAUCAUGCCAUAGUCUUAUUCGAAAUGUAAUCCAAUUUUGACAAAUGUAAUUUAUUCUGUAUUUUAUUGCUGUUUAUAACAAUGAAUGAAGAACAAAUAGACAUUUUUGUUUAACUGAUCAUAAACUCUUAGGAGCCAUUUUUUCCAUCUAGUACCUAAAAGGGUUCUCUAGUUUUUAUUUCUCAGGGGAAACCUUAAAGGUUCUUCACAGGGAGCUUCCUUUUCUGUUCCAAAUGGAAUCUUUUUUUAAGCUUAGAACCCUUAAACUAACUCUAAAGUACCCUUGAAGAACCCUUUUUUUUUUUUUCUAAAGGUAUAAUCAGAUAAAUCUUACAUGCAUUCUCUAGUCAAAUCUGUAUUUAUUUUCUUAUACACCAUGGCGUUUUACUUUGUGUUAAAGGUUCUUGCAAUAACGGAGUUGAUUAAAAUGUUGUUUUUUUGUCCUGUUAAGUUUGUAUGUCAGUUUUGAGGAUUGCUCAAAUACAUGACUGUGUAUGUGAUGUGCAAUCAGCACCACUACUCGGAAACUAAAUUUAGAAGAAAAAUGGUGUUAGUAGUAGUGUUAGGGGAGUAAUUGUGAAAUAAACAUUUUUA